GCGCAUGCGUCACGGGGAGAGUUUAGUUCUUGGUGAGCAGAAGCUAGUCGUGUGCUGUGGAAACUUCAUGAGGAAUGGCGCAUUACAGAGCCUCAGAGUCGAAGCGUGAGCAGUUCAGGAGGUACCUGGAGAAGGUUGGGGUCCUGGACAGUCUGACUAAUGUGCUGGUGGCCUUGUAUGAGGAGACGGAGAAACCCAGCAACGCCCUGGAGUUUAUAAAGCAGCACCUGUCCACAGGAGACUCGGACUCCAACAAGGCCGAGGUUCUACAAGUCGAACUGGACAAACUGCAGCAGAAAUAUGACCUGCUACAGGAGGAGAACUGUGAGCUCAGGAACCGGCUGCUGCAGUAUGAGCCACCUGCUGAAGAUGCAGGAGCAGAAUGACUCUUUAUUUACUUUCAUUUUUCUUCUUACUAAUUAUUAUUAUUAUUAUUAUUAUUAUUAUUAUUAAGAGCAAUAAUGAUGUCACUGUUCUGCGAAUGUGCAGAUUUAUUUUCACCAGUGCAGUGUGUGUUUUGUUUGUGUAUUCUUGGUUAAAAGGUUUAGUUUGUUGAACAGUGUCUAUUGUUUGGAUUUAUAGAAUAAAAACAAUACAGUUUUCCUGCA